GUACACUUUGUAGUUGCUCAAGAAACUCAUGUUAGUCUACUUUUGACUGUUACGCAGAUUGUUCGUAUCGUUCGUGUGUCCGCUUGAGCCGCAACGCCGCACUGUGGAAUUGGAAUUGGAAUUGGGAUUGUGCUCUCUGCCCGCCGUCGCCGUCGCAGUCGCCGUUGCAGAUUCCCCAGAUUCAGAAUCAGAUUCAGAUACAUCCGCACAGCCGCACAGGCACACAGAUUUUUCAAUUCGAUUCCGAUUCCGAAUCAUUCGUGCUCGAGUCGGUACGAGAACGCCUUCGUUCGAGAACGUCUGCCCUUUUUUUUGGGGGCAUCGCCAACGCACAUCCUCCGGAUAGCUAGCUCUCCCUUCUAUCCUGCUGCAACUCUCCGGUUGUGUUUCGAUCGCCCCUCGUCGCGGAUGCUAGCCCGUAAAAAAGAAACCGUAGUGCUAACAGCGCCAGGCGAUCGUCCGGGCCACGUUCCUUAGCCGUCGGCAAGUGCAAGUUGUAAAAAAUCAAAAAUACAAAAUAUGAAAUAAAACACACUCACCCACUCACACUCGAAACUCUGCGUGCAAAAAAAAAAACAAGUGCUAACUAAAGUUUUGGAUUCAACAUAUAACUACUACUACGGAUCACUUUCGGAUUAUUUGAUUGUGCGCGAGUUUCCAACCAAACAACACAACAACAGACACCUCCGGACCCAUCACCAUCACCACCUCCUCUCCAGCCUCAGCUUCAGCAACACCAUCUCAGCCACUGUGUCUCUCUGUCGAUCGGAUCGUAACUUUAAGAUUUGCUUUAUAGUUUUAGUUAAAAGCAAAAAUUAAUAUUAAAUGACAGUGCACAGUAAUGAAACCGGUAUCAGUUUAGUAAUGAAUGCCGUUUCAACUCACCUUGCCACCUCGUCGCCCAACACGCCUCCAAUCAACGCUCCACAGAGUCCGCCCUCGACGCUGCCCACGCUCGCCUGCCCCGCCGCCCAGCCACUCAGUGCCCCCGGAAUCGGUGUCGGUCUAGGAGGCGUCUCCGGACCCGGACACAGCGGCAUCAGCAUGGUUACGUCGACAGUGCCGCCGGGUGCUCGCUCCACAUCGCCGUGUGGCCCGGUUGCCGGUCUCCCCGCCGGACUCCCAGUUGUCGGUGCUCCGCCUCCGGGUCCACACUCCUCCGCCCCGGGAGCGGCGCCGGCGCCUGGCUCGGGAAAUCCCCCGCCCAACCGCUGCUGUGAUACGGGACGCACCAUCUACACGGAUCCGGUCAGCGGCCAGACGAUCUGCUCCUGCCAGUAUGACAUGCUCAGCUACCAGCGACUAGCGGCCGCCGGCGGCGUACCGCUCGGCGUCUAUCCGGAGGGCAUGUCCGCCUACCUCUCCGGCAUAGCGGCGGAUCAGCCGCCGUUCUACGCCAAUCCGGCCGGCAUCGAUUUGAAGGAGAACCUGGUGGCCGGAGCAACACCCUGGCCAUAUCCCUCGAUGUAUCAUCCGUAUGAUGCGGCCUUCGCCGGCUAUCCGUUCAACAGCUACGGCAUGGAUUUGAACGGAGCCAGGAGAAAGAACGCCACCCGCGAGACCACGUCCACACUAAAGGCCUGGCUGAAUGAGCACAAGAAGAACCCCUACCCCACCAAGGGCGAGAAAAUAAUGCUGGCCAUUAUCACCAAGAUGACGCUGACGCAGGUGUCCACGUGGUUUGCCAAUGCGAGAAGAAGACUGAAAAAGGAGAACAAGAUGACCUGGGAGCCAAGGAACCGAGUCGACGACGACGAUGCCAACAUCGACGACGACGACGACAAGAACACGGAGGACAAUGAUCUGCUAGAUGCCAAGGACUCGGGAGUGGGCUCCACGGACGACAAGGACCGUUCGGGCCGCCUGGGUGACAUGCUGGCGGACCGGCCGGGAGAGAGCAACAACAGCGAGUGGUCCGAGUCGCGGCCCGGCUCGCCCAAUGGAUCUCCCGAUCUGUACGACAGACCCGGCAGCAUGCCACCGGGCGCACACCCGCUCUUCCACCCCGCCGCACUGCACCACCACUUCCGACCGCCGGCCGGCUCGCCUCCGGACAUCGCCGCCUAUCACCACCACCAGCAACAGUUGCUGCAACAGCACCAGCAGGCGCAGCAGAACUCGCUGCAGACGGCGGUGGGCGGUACGGCGAAGCCUCGCAUCUGGUCGCUAGCCGAUAUGGCCUCCAAGGACAGCAAGGAGUCUAUUUCGGGGCCCACCAAGGAGAGCCUAGCCGCAGAGCUACCACCCACGCAUCCCGGAUUCUACGGACAUCCCGGCCAGCAGCCGUCACCAGGCAAGAUCCUGUCGCCUUUGGCUGCCAGGAUACCAAACUAUGCUCCCUAUGUGCGCCCGGACUUAUACCGGGGUUUCUAUGGGCCAGCAGCGGCGCAUUUGAGUGCACCGACGCAGGAGUUCCUGGAGCACCAAAGGACCUUCGGCGCCAGUCUGGCGGCGCACAACGGACCGCUCGGAAUGAAUCCGCUUCUAUGGAAAGCGGCGGUGUCUGGAGCCGCCAAUGGUCCACACUUUGCCCCCCUUAGCUUGACGACAACGGGCGGCGGCAGUGGUGGACCCGGUAGUAUUGCACCUCCGGGACAGGUGGCCCCGCCCCCUGUGGCCUCGCCCUCUGCCUCCAGUUCAUCCUCAUCAAUGGGCUGCGAUGUGGUGCACAUACCGACCACGAGCGGCCAGUCAGCGGCCCAACACAUGAUGGGUCCAAUCUCCAGCAACUCCACCGCCUCCUCGUCCAGCUCCCACUCCGGCAAAAUCUCGCCCGGGGUGAAUGUUACCUCGCUGAGUGCAAAGCCAUGACAUCCAUCGGCUUCUCCGGACCCAACGGACCAGGCUGAUUCAAUGGCAGCCGCCGCAGCUGCCGCCAACUCCCCCAUAUCCGCCUUCCGUUCGCUGAUCGCCUUCCGGGAGCAGCAGAAGCUGACGCUCCUGCGGCCAUAGUCACUGAAUCCAAUCUGAUUUUGGUUCCGAUUCCCGGGCAUGAAAGGUAUAUAUUUACACUUUCGGACAAUAAUUUACAAUGUGAUUAUUCGGUAUUUUGAUUAACGCCGCUUAUACCAAAUAGCAAGCAAAAAAAGUAAACCAGCUGAAACGCAGCGGUUCCUUUGGCACGGGUCCCUCCCAUUCAAAAAAAAAUAAUAAUAUUAAUAAAAAUAAAUAAACACAAGGAAAAAAAAAACAAAAAAUACCA